GCACCACAAGGAGAGUAAAGUUAAGAUUCUGCAUAUCUGAGGAGCAGAACAGUUUGAGACUCGAAAGAUAAAUCGAUUCAGCAGAUCCUACUAAUUCCUACCAUUUAAGACAAGGAUGAAUACUGCAAUCCAGUGCAUCGUCCUCCUGGCCUGCAUGGUCAUCUGCUCUUCAAUGUCUAUUAAGCGCUGCCAGUGUGUAAAAACAAAAGGGCAUGUGAACCCAAAUCUCAUCACUGAUGUCAAGGUGUAUAAACCUCGUCCAUACUGCAACAGGACAGAAGUGAUUGUCUUACUGAAAGACAAUAAUCUGAUGUGUCUCGACCCCAAAAAAAGAUUCACCCAAACAAUCCUGAAAGUAAUCGAAAUGCAGAGGGCACAACGAGCUGCUAAGAUGAACACCACUGUCCCAAAAACCAUCACAGUGGAAGCCACAACGUCAAACACAAUAGCACCAGUAUCAUAAAUACACCGGAUGUUCAUCAUUUCAGUUCAUUGGCAGAGAGAGCAGCACACCUCCUUGAAGUCAGGGUACGACUGGUGCACAUCCUGCUUGUUUUUUUUUUAAAAAGGUGGCACAAAACUGACUUGUUUUACUUUGCUUGUAGUUCACUGAAGGAUACAAGAAUGAGGUUUCCACACUGGCAGCUAUAACUAAAAGCAAGAUGUAAAUGUGAUAAAUACUUAAUACUCCAGCAGCCCUAACUGAGUGUUAUAUUAUAUAUUAUGGCAUAUUUAGAAACAGUUUGUGAAGCCAGUGAAAUGUCCUUAGGGACAGACACAGACACUGUUGAGAUUAUACUUUGGUGGGAUGGAAAGUCCUUCCCUCCAUCUGUGAUGUGUUUACACUGAUGGGACUGUUGUUUUUCUAUCUAAAUUUUGCCUUAAGGUUGAAUCCAUGGUUAAUGGGCAGAAGGUUUCUCUACUACGCUGAUCUAAGACUGUGUAAAAUCAAUGUGCAAUUUCAAUUAAGAUUUAUUUGUGUUUGUUUGUAUAAUUUGAAGAAUUUCUUUUUUACAAAUGUGUAUUUAUGUGCGCACAUAUCUGUAUGUGUGUCAUGUUUGUUUUUGUUUUUUGCCAAGACUCAAAUCAUAAUCUGCCAAACUAUCUCUUGCCGAGAAGAGCCGAAAAACUGCAA